GCGGAAUAUAAAGACAUACUGACCCUGACCUUUUCGAUCACUGUCUCGGAUAGACACAUUUAUUUGCCUGUUGGUAGACCAACACUCAUUCCACACAAGAAGUUCUCAAUCUGCGGAUUUAGUAAUUAUCAUGAAGGCUGCCAAACGAAAAUCUUUGAAUGACGGGUGCCAGCCCUCUGCUUCUUCCCAUUCUUCGCAACCACGCCAAAAGCGAAAGGCACCGAAAGAGCCCGCUGCACCAACGCGAAGGUCCAGCCGACUUAGAGCCAGAAUGUUGCCGAUGGCCUCGGACAAAGUCGAGCCGAGCCACCCUCCUCCUAAAGAAGAUCCUCCUCCUGAAGAGGAAGCCCCAAAGGAGACAAUCCAGGAUCUUCAACAGACGAUCUAUCAGCUAAGGGAGGAAAUGGCGGUUAUGAGGACUUUGAAUCACUUCAUAAACAAUAAUUGGGCUACUUGGGCGUCCGGAAACUUCGACCAAUGGCCUAAAUUGAUGAGCGCUAUAUUCUUCACUGCCAACCAGUGGUCUAUGAGGCACGGCCAUGUUGAGAUCAAGGCCCUUGACCGCUUGACCAAGGAGCAGAAGAGCCAGCUGAUCGCCAGUCUGGACGGUUACUGCUUGCAGGAGGACUAUGACUCUCUCCUCUCGCGCAUUUCUCCCUCUGUUCAUGAACACGUUCCAUAUAUGCUCCUCACGGCGUAUGUAAACAAGUUUAUUGUCGAGAAUAUUCUCGGGCGCCCUUUUGGGUACAUGACCACCAGGCCCGACCCGGCUGAUCGUGAUGAAUCUGCACUGGACAACGACACCGUGUUGGCGAACGAGCUGCAUCGUCUUUGGGGGAUAUUCUCAAAAGUCGACCUAGGCUAUGCUCAUGUCUGGCGAACCAUUACUAUCCGCCUUGCCAACGUCAUAAAUUUUGCCCAAGGCAGGAAUGUGACGUUUGGGACGCAGAUGCGCGAGCAUAGAAAGGUUGCAAGCAAAGCCUUCGCCUCCAGUCUGCUGGCUGAUCCGAUCCUCCGAUUGCUCCUCCGAGAGCCCAACUGCCCGAGCGAGGAAAGACGCAGGAUGGAAGGCCUCUGCGCGCAGUUUGAAAAGGCGGCUCAGACAGCAACGCACAUUUUUAGUGACCAUACCCUCAUGGAGAUCCACGAUCUUACCUACCUGGCGCCUCGUUAUCACCAUGCGUCCCCGACCGUCACGGCCUCGUACCUCCAUGACAUCGACGAAAAAGGUGGAGAGACGACGAUUGAUGACCAUCAAGUGGUGAUUCUCACGGAGCCGGCCAUAAUCGGAGUCCCUCGAUGGUCGGGGCGCAGCAUAUGGGUGGGGAGAAAGGGUCUGGUACUGGUAGAAGAUCUGAGGGAUUUAACCCCCACGUAGGGAGGCAGGCGAGGGAGGGACAAAGCAGUGAAAUGAUGGAUUUGAUUUACAAUGAUAUCGACAAUUUGCAGACCUCUGAUCAUUUUCUGUUCCAUUUCGUCCUGCACACAUAUAUACAAAGAUGAUCACGAUACGGCCAAGCGUAAACUACUCGAAAAAAGGCUUCACCCGCCAGGUUCCCUCGCUCCUUUCACUCGGCGUUGAAGAACUCCCAGGUCGCAUCGGGAGCCAGCGGGUUCCCCACGCCCAGCGGGGCCGCGUCGUGGCCGCCAUCAUAAGCGAUGACCGACACCGGACGCUCGGAGCACUCAUAGUCCGUCCGCGCCGACUGCCCGCUGCCGGGCGGGGGCUGGGCCACCUCAGCCGGUUGGCAGCCGUUGUUCUGGGCAAACUGGUUGGCCAGCUCCACGCCGCCGUCAAAGGGCAGCACGGGGUCGUUG